UUUCCAAAAGCAUUAAUCCCAAGCCCAUACACAUGCAAAUUCAGAGGGGUAUUCUUGCUGGCUUGAUCGGUAAAGUGGGAAGUGGUAAGAGUUCUUUGCUAUAUGGAAUUUUAGAAGAACUAAAGCUAACUCAAGGUUCAUUAUUUGUGGAAGGAAAUAUAGCUUAUUCCCCACAACAGCCUUGGAUAUUAAAUGAUACAAUGCGAAAUAAUAUUGUCUUUGGCAGCAUAUUUGAUAAUAAACGCUAUGAUAAUGUAGUGGCUGCUUGUGCACUUAAUCAUGACAUUUCAAUGCUACCUAAUGGGAGUGACACUGAAAUUGGGGAAAGAGGGGUAAAUUUAAGUGGCAGACAAAAGGCUAGAGUAUCUCUUGCUCGUGCAUGUUAUAGUACUGCUCCUAUUAUUCUUUUGGAUGAUCCUUUAUCUGCUGUUGAUGCUUCAACAGCUAAAUACAUCGUUGAUUAUGUACUAAAUGGCAUUUUAAAGGGAAGAACAAAUCCAAUUGGAAAACUUUUAAAUCGCUAUAGUAAGGAUCAAGCUAUACCAGAUGAAACUUUACCAUCACAAAUCAAGGUUUGA